UGUGUGUAUGUUUUGUGAGUGUCUGUGAGUGUAUAGAAAGAACAAACAACAACAACAACAACAACAUCUAAGAGCUACAAGGAUCUACACUGUCGCUCAGGGUGGUAGUUUGUUUGAAUUUCAAACAAAGCCCAACAUCAACACAGCCCACCAAAGAGGGAGAAAAGGGAGCAAGGACAGGGAGAGAGUACACCCCACACACACACACACACACAUAUAUGCCCUCUCCUUUGUGUGCGCUUUUGCCGCCUGGAAUGCAAUGCUACAACAACAACAAGGCAGUGGGAAGCAGGGGAGAAAACGCUUAAUCGGCAGCAGCAUCCAAAAAAAAUCAAACGAACGGCACUGAGGAGGAGGAAUACCCAGCCUGCUGAGAAGCUGGGAAGUGCAUCCAUCUCCCCCUCCAAUUUAAACAAGGAAAUCUAGUAUCACUUGCUUUUCCAAUCAAAAUGAACUGAAAUUUGAAAGAAAAUCGCCAACCGAAUCACCAAAACGACUAACGAAUUUUUUUAAACGAAUUCUGAGCCAGUUACGAAAGCUAUAGCCACCAUGGAUCUAAGUCUGGAGCGGGAUAGCUCCGCUUUGGGGAGUCUCUUUCAACAGAUCAUCAAUGACAUGAAGAACACCUCACCAUUGUGGGAGGAUUUUGUGGCCAAGGCGGGUAAACUCCAUACAUGCCUGAGGGCCGCCAUCCAGGCAAUCGCCGCCUAUUUGGAUGCCUUCCAAAAGAUAGCAGAUGCGGCGACCAAUUCAAGAGGCGCUUCAAAGGAGAUCGGCACCGCCCUGACCCGAGUCUGCCUGCGCCACAAGGCGGUGGAGACGCGCCUAAAGACCUUCACCACGGCCAUCAUGGAUUGCCUGGUGCAGCCGCUGCAGGAGAGGAUCGAGGACUGGAAGCGGACAGUGGCCACCAUCGACAAGGACCAUGCCAAAGAGUACAAGCGGUGCCGGAGCGAGCUGAAGAAGCGCUCCAGCGACACGCUGCGCCUCCAGAAGAAGGCCAGGAAGGGCCAGACGGACGGCCUCCAGUCCCUGAUGGACUCGCACAUGCAGGACGUUACACUCCGGCGGGCCGAGCUGGAGGAGGUGGAGAAGAAGUCCCUGAGGGCGGCCAUGGUGGAGGAGAGGCUGCGAUAUUGCAGCUUCGUUCACAUGCUCCAGCCGGUGGUGCACGAGGAGUGCGAGGUCAUGUCCGAACUGGGUCACCUCCAGGAGGCGAUGCAGUCAAUAGCUCUGGUCACCAAGGACCCCAGUGUCCUGCCCCAGGCCUCCGAGGAGCUCAUCCACGAUGCCAAGGCCAGCAUUAACCUGUACCCCGAGUCCCCGGGUGGCGGUUCGGGCUCCCAGGGCGGUGGCUGCUCCAAUUCGCUGGGUUCCCGUAAGAGCUCCGUCUGCUCCAUCAGCAGCAUCAACAGUAGCGGGUCCAGCAAUUCGCCGGGCCACCACCACUAUCCGCGUUCCCUGUCGCAGUUUGUAACGCCCGCCAUUCGCUUGAAACCUGGUGAAUCCAGUGAUAGUGGCUUUUGCUCAUCGCCAGCGCUAACAACACAGACAUCGAAUGCCACCAACCAGACGGCGAACGUGUCCACCUGGCCGCCGCACACCCAGGACGCUGUGGACAGCCUGCCGCCCACCGCCGACCGGCCGCACACCAUUUCGACGGCCUACGAGAAGGGUCACCAGCGCCCGCCGCUGACCGUCUAUACGUUCCAGAACCCGGAGACCAUACCCGAGUCCACCACUGGCCUCAACAAUGGACAGCCGCCAGCCAAUGGACAGCCAUCCUCGGGCCAGACCACUCCGGCUACCCAGAAGUCUCCGGCUGCCUCCCUCAGCCGGCCACCGCUGCCAGUUCGCUGCUCGUCGUUGGAGCGCCCGCUAUCGGCCCAGAGCAACCAUCGCCAGGGAAGCGGAAGCAACCUGCUGCAACGGCAGUGCCCCUCACCGAUUCCAGCUCAUAUCACGAAAGAGCUGUCCGCCGCGCAUCAUGCCCAGCAGCAGCAGCACCAACAGCUCCAGCAACAGCAGCAGCCACAGCCGACACCGCCCACCUACGUCAACAUGUCCGAGUUGGCCAACAUGGCGGCCAUGAAACUGACCAACCACCAGAAUCAGAACCAGAACCAGCAGCAGCCGCCUCCUUUGAAGCAACAGAGCUCCAUCGACUCGAUCAGCUCCCAGCAUUCCAAUGACUCCACCGGUUCGCAUCAACUGCUCCAACAGCAGCAGCAGCACCAGCACAUGCCACAGCAGCCAAACCAUCACUCCGCCUCUGCCACAGCCACUCGCUCCCAUUCCAUAUCCUCGACGGCCUCGUCGCUGCACUCGCAUCCGUCCAUUGACUCGACGGUAGCUUGCGGCUCCCUGGUGGGCCAGCACAACCACAGCACCAGCACCAACACGAACACGACCACCACCUCGCCGUCCAGUGGCUGCUCCACGCCCCAGAACCACUACUCGCCCUUGCUAACCAACUCCCCCACGUCCACUGCCGCAGGUACACCCAGUGGCAGCAGCAUCGGCACGGGAGCCGGCCUGGGAUUCGUCUAUCAGGUCAGCUCCCCCACUCCGCCCUCCAGCGAGGUGCUGAAGAUCACCGAGCAGGGUACCGGGUCUGGCCAGGCCUCUGUAAACACCGAUGGGGAGGAGGAGACUGACGAGCGAUCGCGGGCCUCCGUCCUGCAGAAGGCAUCGAUGUUUGAGAAGGCGGCAGCUGCGGCUGCCGUGUCGCCACCAGCUCCGGCACCAGUCGCCGCACCAACAGCAUCAGUUGUUGGCCCGGCCGGAGGACGUCGCUCCGAGGCGGAGCAGCAGGAAAUGGACAAGUCUUUCGAAGAUUCAAUCCAAGCACUAAAUAAUUUAAUUGGCGAACUAGACUCGUUCCAACGCGAGAUCGAUGAGGGCAAGGGCAAGCAGAUGAUGAUGAUGACCAGCAACAACAAUAUGUCCACCAUGACGACGACGAGCAGUUCCAGCAGCAGCACCGACAACAACAACACCCCCGCCGGCAACACCAGCACCAUCGAGCCGUGUGCCAUCAGCAAUCAGACGCACUCGAGCGGCUGCGGCACGGACAUCUCGGACACCACCUCCGACGAGCUGGGCGGCGACGAGAGUGCGGAGGCGCGGCGACGGGACAGGGAUCGUGACCGGGACCGGGACCUGCUGGGAGCCAGCGAUUCGGAGCUGAGUCGUUGCUAUGUGAGCGAGACGAGUUCGCUGACCGGCGGGAUGACGGCCGGCGGCUACGAGAAUCCCACGUUUGCGCACUUUGUGGCGGCCAGUGCCGGUCGAGAGGAGGCAGGUCCGGGCGACAGUGUCUCCCUGGCGUCGGACAGCCUGUGCCUGGGGCAGACGCGCCACGCCUACGUGGACACCUGCAGCGACAACGGCAGUGGUGUGGUGGUCAUCUACGACCACCAGAUUCCCAUUACGCCGGACAUCGAGUUUGUGAAGCAGAACUCGGAGAUAGUGCUGCUGCGCACCAAGGAUCCCCAGCCGCAGGCGCUGCAGCUGCACGAGAUGCGCGAGUUGCAGCAGCUGCCGACGAACCUGGCUGGGACGCCGGACUCCUCGCCGGACGGUCAGGCGCCGCCGCAGCCGUCCACAGCAACCGUGGCGCCCGCCAAGCAGCGACUCUCCUCCUUCCGCGCCACCAGCGAGCAGCAGCUGCAGCUCCUUGGACGCGGCAGCCCCCAAAGAGGUAAAACAGCCACCACUGAGCAGGCACAGGACCAGCACCCACCACCACCACCACCCCAGCAGCAGCCAGUAGAUCCUGUCAAGCGCCAGCUGCCGCCCAAGCCGACCAGCCUGAGCCUUUUCAGUGGCCCAGCGCCCAGCCUGGCGCCUGGCGACAAGCCCCUGGUGCCUCGAAAGUCAGACUUUAAGGCCGACCUUGAUGCCAAGAUCCGCAGACAGAAGCAGAAAGUCCAACAGCAAUUGCAGCAGCAAUCGCCGCCUCAGCAGCAAGCUCCUUCCUCCGCCACACAACCGCAACAACAACAACACUCACCACCGCCACCACCACCACAACUACAGUCGCCCCCAAACCGAAACUGUAAUGUCACUAAUAAGCCAGCCGCCAAUGUUACUGCAUCCGCAUCUGCAUCUGGGUCGAAACUGAACCAAAUUCAUAGAAAUCCAAGCCAAAAUCAGACAGCUGCAUCAUCCAAUCAUCCAAAUAAGCAAUAUAAGACGCCCCCCGCCGCCUGCCCGGCAUACUCAUCUUCAUCGACAUCGCUACCAUCAUUGCCAUUAUCAGUCAGCACCACCUCAUCAUCAGCCAACUCUCCGCCAUCGAUGUUGCCCGCCAGUGCCCGACCAGUCCAUACGCCACCACAUGUACACUCCAAUGCCAAUGCCAAUGCCACUGCCAAUGCCCCAGCCAAUCCUCAAAGCCCGGCUAGUGCCCAUGCCAAUGUCAAGCCGUGCAUUACGCCCAGGCCGGCUUCGUUGUCGGGAGGAGCAGGAGGUGGCGGUGGAUCCACGCGCAUCGCCCGCCGUUCGUCCAUCAACCAGGCCAAGCCACCGCCGCCAGUCAGACGCAGCUCAUCGGUGACCCCCAGUCCCAAUGCCUCGGUUGGGCUGAAGCAACCGCAGCAGCCAGAGCACCUGCACCUGCACCACCACCAUCAGCAGCUAAGCAGCUCCAGCGAGCACUUGCCACCGCCGCCAGCUUUCCUGCUGGACUCCAUGCCGCAAAGCCCGCCACCAGCUGCCAUGCCCAGCUCGGCGCUGAAGGUUUCAGAGACGGUGCGAGCCCUGGCGGCCCUGCGCCAUCAGCCGGCCUCUCCGGUGGCUUUGAGACGCAUGCAGCAGCAGCAGCAACAUCAGCAACAACAGCAGCAGCAGCAACAACAGCCUUUCUUACAGCCCAUGCACCCAUCCCCCUCGAACGACGAUCUAAGCUACGAAGUCUACUACGACUCCUACCUGGAUCUGCACGCCUAUGCUCCCUCCCAGCAACAGCAGUAUCACCAGCAGCAGCAGCAGCAUCAGCAACACCUCAUGUAUCUGCAACAGCAACAGCAGGCACCACAGCCGCCUGUGUACCAAGCUCCGCCGCCCGUCGAUGCCACGUUCCGCACCUCAUCACCUGCCGCUGGCGGAGGAGGUGGCAUUUACGCCCAGCCCAAGCUGGUCAACAGCAUGUCCAGCUUCCGCACCAGUAGUCCCAGUCCCAACGGACACGCUCACCCACUGCCACCGACCCAGCCGAAGGCGAACCCGAAUCUGAUAGCACAGCUCAAUGCACGACUCAACAGCAAGCAACAGCACCAGCCCCAGCACCAGCAACACGAGGGAAUCUACGGCAACCAGCAUCAGCAGCAGCAACAGCAACCUGGAGGCGAUUCGAUUUAUAUGCGAGGAGGUUUGUCCAUGUCGCAAACGCCUCAGCAGCAACACUUUGACGGUAAAUCUGAGCAGCAAAUGCAACAUCAACAGCAUAGAAUUUACGCUAGUUAUGGCACCUCAUCGUCACAAGUCGCCACAUCAGUCUCAGCCUCAGUAUCAGUAUCAGUCACUGGCAACUCAUCGGGCAGCAAUGCCCAGCCGUCCAUUCUAACACCGACCUCCUCCUCCUCGUUCAACGCCCUGCCCCACUUUCCCCUGUCCUCAUCCACAUCAUCGUUGCUAUCCAAAGUCAGUUCAUUCUCAAACGCCUCAUCCUCGCCGCCAACGGCCGGCGGGUCGGCCAACAAUUCGCAUUACCAGCCACCCCAGCCGCCCACAGCGUCAUCGGGUGGCACAGAUUACGGCUCGUACUCAAGUUCGUUUACCAAAAAUUCAGCAGCUGCCCAAAUGUCGAACAUGCGACAAGUCCAUCCCCACCAGCAUCAGCCACAGCAGCAGCACUACACAUGCCCGCCUCCGUUGGAGGAUCCUCCGCCGCCGCCCAUUUACUCCGCCGGCUCUUCGGCCACGAUGCCCAAGAAGAUGGCCCGCCCCCAUGCCGGCCAUGCGCCGCAUGCGAGCGCCUAUGCAGCUGCCUCGGCCACGGCCACGCUGCCCAAGAACAUAAUGCAACAGCAGCAACAGCAACGUCUGCUGCAGCAACAACAGGCGCAGCAGCAGCAGCAUCAGCAGCAGCAAUACCAACAGCCAACAGGCAUGGGCAAUGGGAAUGGUCACGGGCAUGUAAGUCACCGUCCGCAGUUGCCGCUGCCCCAGCAGAAGAUGCGGGCUGCCCAGCAGCAGCAGCAACACUUGGCGGAGCAGCAACAGCAGCACCAGCCGCCCAUUCCGUCGCGCCAUUCAAGUGUCCAGCAAAAGAUAUUCGUUUCGACGAAUCCAUUUAUACAAACAACGGCAGUCAAGUUUCACUCGCCAUCCGCCUCGCCAAUUUGCGGCUCACCGGGAUCUGGAUCUGGGUCCAUGGCCAGCAUUUAUGCCACAACAGCACGAGGCAGUCACCAGCAACAUCAGCAGCAGCAGCAGCAACAACAGCAUUACUAUCGCGAUGCUGCUGGGGGCAAUAGCAAUGGCGGUGCUGGAUACUACAACCACAAUGCCCAUGGGCAUGCCCACGCCCACUCGAACGCCCAUGCCCAUGCCCAUGCCAAUGCCCAUGCCCAUGCCCAGGCACAUCAUGCAAACUAUGCCACAAGCACAAAUAUCGAAAAGACUGGCAGCAUUCGGGCCAAGACCAAGGCCGAAUUCCUCGAGAAUCUCAACGCGAAACUGGCCAAGCAGGGAAUGUCUGGACGAGCAUUCGCCGUGCGCAAUCUCAUCAACAGCAAGGCCCUGCCUGAUCCGCGCAUCUGUCACGAGUCGCUGAUGGAUCAAAUAAAACGCGGAGCCACCUUGAAGCGAAACCAGAAGAUCAACGAUCGCAGCGCUCCAAAAAUACAUUAAUCUAACCUAUAGGUCUAAGCGAUACAAUAUUAUUUAUUAUCCUAGUAAUUAAAAUAUACAAUUAAUCAAGAGGCCCCCUCGAAGUCUGCUCGAUCGCAGGCCCCUAAUUGAGUUUGGUUUGAAACUGACAACUCGUAUCCAUAACACGAAACCUAAAUAUAUAUAUUAUAACGGUAAACAUAUACGAUAUACGAUAUUUAACAAGCGCAGUAUGCUUAACUCGAACUAAUCAAUACUGAUUACCCUAUUGAUUUCUGAUAUCCCAAGAAUAUUAUCGAAAGGCGUUUUCUGUAAGGAACCACAUGUGGAAGACAGCUAUCAUUUAGUUGUGUUUAGUUGUAACUCUUACUCGAAUUUACGUUUAGUGAACUUUUGUUUAAAUAUAUAUAUAUAUAUUAUGUUUAUGUAUUUACCCUAUUUAUAAUUUCGCUUUGUUUACGUACAUGUAUAUAUGAAUAUGAAUAUGAUUUCAACAACCAAUCGAAACUAAUCUGACGCCUAAUAAAUGGAAUUUAUCGUAAUUAUUAUUGAAA